UGUCGAUAAGUUGCUAUCGAAAUAUACAAGAGAAAUAUACAAAUCAUUUGCAAAUUAAGGUUUUACGCAUUUUAAAUUCGAAAGUAUCGGGAGGGAAAGCGUGCAAAGCAAUAGAUUUUUAUUCGGGGAGCAAGUGCACGACAGCCACCGCGGAAUCACAGUAUUUCGCCCGCCCCCGGAGCCUGGUGAAGAAUGUGGAGGAGGGCUGACUAAGUGAGUGGAAGCAAAAGGCUGGUGGAUUCAUACCGAUCCGAGUCACUAAAAAACUCAAAACCGCCGCGUCAUGUUCGGAUUCGACGGAGAGUAUCGCCGAAGACCGGUGCAAAGUCUGGGUGGAGCCUCGCACACCUGCGACCGGGACACCGUGAUCAGAAAGGCCGCCCAAGAGCGCCAGAAGCGCAACGAGCUGCGCCAGAAGGAAAACGGUGCGGUUGUUCUGCAGUCCUACGCCCGCUCCUUCAUCCACCGACAGCGGCGAAAGCGGGCGGAGCGGGAAGCCUUCGAUAGCUACUUGUUAGCCCACAAGGAUCGCAUCACGGAGGACGAGAGCCUGACCUUCCUUUUGCGGCGUCUGAACUUCUUUUACAGCAGUCGGGAGGCCAAGGAUGGCGAGCGAUUGAUCGAGGUCUGUCAGCAGAUCCUACGACAGCCAGCUCGCCUGAUACGGCAUUCUUCUCUCGACUCUACGUGGCUUUUGAGGCUCUGUAAGCUGCUGGACACGUGCUUGCUACAGCUGAGUCAGUCGCACACGGCCCAGGCCAUUCCCUUGCGUAUGCUGGAGACCUUCACCACCGUAUCCUCUGUCCAGCGCUAUGUGGAGGAUGAGGCUAUGCUGUUCCAGUAUCUGGAGCGCGUCUUUGGCUUUAUGAUUGCCCGUAACUACUUUCUUCGACUGCGACGGCUGCUGGAUGACAAGUGCCCGCCCUUGGAUGGAGAGACCUUGCAUGCUCCGAGUCCGCUAGCAGAAGCUCUGCUCCAGCUACUACUGCGUCCUCUGGCGGUGGCUAAGCGGGCCUCUGCUGGGGGCCAGUUGUCGCCCAUGUCGCUGGCCGUCUGUCACAACUUCAUCCGGGACAUUCUUGCCACGGCACACACGGAUCCGCUGCGGUACUUUCUGCUACCAUGCUUUGCGCAAAACGCGGAUUUUCCCUUUGACUUGCUGAUGCGCUCACUCUUCGACGCUCUGGAAUCGGUUGGGCCAGCGGAGUCGGAGAGCACGUCCAGUCGGCGCAGCUUCCUUUUUCACGGAGCAGAAACGGGCCAGAAGGCCAAGCGCUUUGACUCGCUGUUCUCUUCCUAUCUACUCAACUCCCUCCUGGUGCUCGAUCGCAGGCAGUUGGCCUCCCUGCAGCAAACCUCCCUGUUGGUCGUCUAUGUGCGCCUCAUCGCCGAAAUGAUGCCCAACAUUCUGCAGCUGCCCAAGUCCACGCUGCGCGGCCAUGCUAAUGCCCCUCAUCGUCACAGGGACAGCGAUGAUGAGUCCGAGGACUCGGAAGAGGAGGAAGAGGAACUGCCAUCGGCUCGCACAUUGGACUAUGAUAUGGAACAGGCUUGCCGAGCCAGCAACGAACUGACUGUCAAGGAGCGCGACUGUCUGUUGGAGUCCAUUGCCAUACUGAAUGAAACGGAGCGGGUGGACUUCAUUGUCCAGCAACUGGAUCCGCACAUCGAUAACAGUCAGCUCAUCUAUGCGCUCUGCGAGAUUUGUCACAACCUGAUGAUCUACAACAAGCAUGCGGUCUUUGAAUACAAAUUGCUGUAUACGUUGGCUUUUACUCCUAAGUUCAUACGCGCUGUGUGGUUUAAGUUGGCUGCAGAGUCCACCCAAAUGGGCUUCUCUGCUCCACUAACCCUUAUUUCCAAGGGCGUUGUGCCCAAACCACAAGGAGUGGAUCGAACUAUUCCUCUCUUGGCCACCUUUUGCAUGCUUUUCGGUAGGCUACUGCCCACCCUCCAUGAUGUGGAGUUUGGGGAGAACAAGCUGUUGCUGCAGGUCCACUCCACCAUUAACCAUGUCCGACUCAUGCCCUUUUCUAUUGCGGAAAUUGUACAAAUGUCCAAGACACUGAAGGAUAUUAGUAUGGGCCUUGUGGAGCUGGCAUUUCCAGAGACUCGCAGCAAUUUGGCCAACUACCGGAGUGUCCUGGGUCACACGGAGGCCGACGACAAGAAGUUGCGGCAUCAGAAGCAAAUCUGGGCCAACCUGCUCAAUGUGGUCGUCUUUGUGCUCAACCAGAUUCACACACGCGACUUGCGUUUAGGCUUUUGCCCGGAGGCACACUGGACCGUAACCCGGUUGGACCUGCCGCUGGACAGACCUACAGAUCUACCGCUGACCCAUAGCAGUCGUCUGCGGGGAAUUCGACCCUUCCAGCCCAUACGGGACUUUACUCGAGAAGAUUUCGAGAACGGGCCGCCCAUGUCAACCAAGCAGAUUCGCUCCAUAACCAUUCUGCGCGAGAUUCCCUUUGUCGUGGCUUUUAACAAGCGGGUGAGCAUUCUGCAAGGUUUGGUGGCGGCCAACAAGAUGCGGGUGCAAGGCAAUCUGCAAGCCUUUCUCCAGGGUCCUUCAGUUAUGAUCACAGUGAGGCGGUCUCAUCUUUACGAAGAUGCAUAUGACAAGUUGCGUCCUGAAAAUGAACCGGAUCUGCGCUUUAAGUUCCGCAUACAGUUCGUUUCCUCGCUGGGACUGGAUGAGGCUGGCAUCGAUGGCGGUGGUGUUUUCCGCGAGUUCCUUUCGGAACUGAUCAAAACUUCCUUUGAUCCAAAUCGUGGCUUCUUUAUGGUAACCACGGACAACAAGCUUUAUCCCAAUCCUAAUGUAGCCGAUCUCUUCGAAGACUAUGAGAAGCACUACUACUUCAUUGGUCGCAUCCUGGGCAAGUCUAUAUAUGAAAACCUGCUGGUGGAGCUGCCAUUGGCCGAGUUCUUCCUCACUAAGUUAGCUGGCAAAUACUCGGAUGUGGACAUCCAUCAGUUAGCCUCCUUGGAUCCGGAGCUGUACCGCAAUCUGCUGUACUUGAAGGACUAUACAGGCGAUGUUAGUGAAUUGAACUUGGACUUCACCGUGGCAAGUAGUUCACUGGGCCAGACACAAAUUGUCGAGCUGAAGCCGCAGGGCCAGAGCAUUCCGGUGACCAACUCGAAUCGCAUUGAGUACCUGCAACUGAUAGCCGACUACAAGCUCAACGUGCAGAUACGUCGUCACUGCAACGCCUUCCGCAAGGGUCUGUCCAACGUCCUGCCCAUCGAAUGGCUGUACAUGUUCAGCAACAAAGAGCUGCAAAUACUCAUUUCGGGAGCCGAGAUACCAAUUGACCUGGAGGAUCUUAAGAAACACUGCAAAUACGGCGGUGAAUUUACUCCGGAACACCCUUCGAUUGUUGCAUUUUGGGAGGCUCUGGAAGGUUUCGAUGAUCUGCAGCGCAGGCAGCUGCUUAAAUUCGUCACCAGCUGCUCCAGGCCACCAUUACUGGGCUUUAAGGACCUGGACCCACCAUUCUUUAUCCAAAAUGCUGGAGACAUGGAACGGCUGCCCACGGCCAGCACCUGCACGAAUCUGCUUAAGCUUCCCCCCUUCAACAAUGUGGAACAAAUGCGUGAAAAGCUGCUUUAUGCCAUUCAGUCCGGCGCAGGCUUUGAACUCAGCUAAUCUGUCAAUCCUCAAAAACCUCCAAACAUAUCCAAAAAUCACAGCCCCCAGAAAGGAAUAACAAAGUCCCAUACAAGUUACCCACCUGGCAGAGAAAAAGGAUCGCAGGACGGCUGGUCAGAAGGCAGGCAAACUAUUCCAGUUAAUUUACAACCAAUGUACAUUUUGAUUAACGUAAUUGCUUAGUGUAAAGUAUGAAGCUUAUGAGGUCUGUUUAUCCAAGUUUUCUUUGUAGUUCGUUUGAGUUUGUUUUUCGUAUAACAAAAUAUAAAUGUAAAUCAAAGCGAGCUAAGAAUAUUUCAAUAAAGGGCAAGCGUUGUCAGUCCGCACGUU